CCAUGGUGGAUUGUAUCAGUAGUUUGCCAGACUCAAUCCUCUGUGACAUUCUAUCUUCUCUUCCAACCAAAGAAGUAGUUGCAACCAGUGUUCUCUCCAAGCGCUGGAUCCUUCUAUGGCGUUCAGUUCCCUCUUUCCAUUUCGACUAUGACGGAGACCACUUUGAUUAUGACAAAGACAAAGAGGCAUGCUUUCAUUUUCUUCAGUCGGUGGACUCCUUUUUGCUUAGGCGUGACAGAGACGAACCCCUCCAUAGAUUUCGCCUCAAAUCUAACUCUCUCUUUGAUCACACUGUAAGUAUCAACAAAUGGAUUAGGGCUGCAGUGAGUGGAAGCGGUAGAGUUCAACACCUCGCCCUCUGUUGUGAUUGGAACGUUGUCAUGCCAUCUGUGGUGUUUACCUGCAGAACUCUUGUAGUUCUCAAGUUGACGUUAGUAACAUUGGAAGAUGUUUCCUUUGUUGAUUUGCCCUUGCUUGAAAUCUUGCAUUUGAAUUCUGUUCGUUUAUCAGAAGGUCUAAAUCUUUCACAGUUUCUCUCUGGGUGUCCUAAUCUCAAGGACUUGAAGGUUUAUGAAACUUAUGUCCAAAAUAUAGAAAAGUUCAUCAGAUUGCCCAAGUUGGCUAGAGCCAGCGUCCAUGAAAAAUUACUCCCAUUAGAAGUUCUUAAGGAUGUCGAAGUUUUGUUCUUGGUUUUGGAUAUAUAUCAACGGAACCUAGUUUUUGACUUUCAGAAUUUAGUUCAACUUGAAUUGAUUCUGCAGCAUAAGAAGGAUUGGCUUCGGGUCUUGGAAGUGCUCCAGCAUUGUCCCAAACUUCAAACCCUUGUCAUUUGUUUAGUAGGUCGUGAAGGAGUAGUUCCGCCAUACCCACAACCUGAUCCUGUAUGCAUUUCAUUCCACCUUAAGACAUGUUGUCUUAAAGAAUACCAUGGUUCUAUAGAUGAGUUUCAAUUUGCAAGAUAUAUUUUGGAGAAAGCAAACUAUCUACAGACCAUGAAAAUCUGCACUGACAGUGAUGCCGAUUAUACUCUUGGAAAAAAACUUUAUAUGAGAAGACAAUUAUCAUCGUGCAGGAAGGGCUCAGAUACUUGUACACUUUCAUUUGAAUAG